UCUCAAUUUACGAAUGUUUUCAAAUGAACCACAGUAUACAAAAAAUGUAAUGUAAUCGAAUCGAUAAAACAUCGCGCGCAAGCGCAUUGUACUGAAAUGGAUUUUUGGUUAUCCACUUGAAGUUUUUGUGUUUUUAUUUGAUUAGACAAAAUAAUACGACAAAGGGGAUUAUUGUAUAUUUUGCAUUUUAACAACGAAUAUAAUGGAGUACAAUAAACCAGCUAUAUUGCUUGGUUUUGACGAUGAACCCAUCACUGAAAAACAUAGAACACAAGUUAACUUUUCUGUCAAUAAAAUAGGAGGAAUGCCUGAUUACCCCUUAAGCAUCAAUUUAGACCCUCCAAUUUGCAAUUUGUGUCAAUUACCCAGACCUCUAAUAGUGCAAGUUUACGCGCCACUCGAAAAUUCCACUUUUCAUCGCACUCUUUAUUUAUUCGCUUGCAUCAAUCCGAACUGCUGGAACCUCAACGAAAGUUGGAUAUGCUUGAGAGUCCAAUCGCAGGAAAAGAUCACUGAUAAAUCUGAAGAGACGUCCGGUGCUCAGAAAACCAAUGCGACUGAUUGGUGUGCCGAUGCUGACGAUUGGGAUGACGAGAACAAUGCAAAUUUGAACGAAGAAAACGGGAAUCUUAUAAGCAACAUGGAAAAAGUAUCAGAUGAAGAUGAGGAGGAGAGCUGUUCCCUAGAAGAUUCCCUCAGGUCAGGCUUCGGGAAUUUGUCAGUCGAUGACCGAAAUGCUAAUAAGGGGGCUCAAGGCGGCGCAGUGGGUCGCUUGCACUCUCCUCCUGCAACCGCAGAAAUAGAAGGCAACGAAGGGGAGGUAAUAAGCAUCGAUACUCCAACGUUUCCCCAACGUGAUAUAGCGUCUAUUCUCCAAGAAGCCGCCCCCGUUCCGCAUGACAUCUGUCGCUCGGGCUCUCGAAGGGCUUCCCUAGUCCAGUUCUCGCCAUGCUUCGUGGCAGUUUGGGAGGAAUCAAACGAAAAACUCACUGCUAACAUUACCGACCGACACGUGAAAGACCUGCUGCAGGAGUACCAGCAGAAGCACGAAGAAAAUUUAGUGCUGGGGGGAAGCCCCGAAGGCGGAGGGGUCGCUGAAGGUGGCGAAGGGUACGAGAAAAGCCACCCGGCGCACGGUGAUAAAAUGUUCCAUCAUUUCUUAACUAAAAUACAAAGCACUCCAGGGCAAAUUUUGAGGUACGGCAGAGAAUCAUCCCCAUUACUUCUGUAUCCGAUACAAGAGUCUCAGAAAAAGUGCCAGUAUUGUCAAGGGGACUUGGUAUUCGAAUUUCAAUUAAUACCUACGAUAAUAUCCAAGUUGAGGCUCGUCACUGACGCUAAGCAAGUACCAAGGCUGGAGUUUGGUACUGUCCUAGUUUACACAUGCAGGAAGAGUUGUUGGGCUUCUGAAGCCGCGGCUCGAGUAGAGACUGUGAUCAUGCAGAGCGAAGUUUAUUAGGCUUCAGUUAACUCGAAUACAGGGAUAAUAUUUAUUGGAGUAUACCCACGUCGUUUCUAGAAUCAUGUACGAGGGCGAGUCAAAUAUGAACCGGAUUUUUCUUCUUAAUGCUGUCUAUAGGUGAAGUGAGUAACAUGACGUCUUGAUAUACGUUGCAUGGGGAUGUAAAGUAAAGGUGAGUAAGUUAUUUUGGCUCGUUGGAGUCGAUUGGCUGUUAGUACAUUAGUUGGUACAUUGGCAACGUUAGGGAGGCCACGCACAUGCAUUAACUCAAGAAAACUUGGACAAAAUGUAUUGGAAAAUACUCUAGAACAACCACCCUACAGUCCCGAUUUAUCGCCAUGCAACCAUCACAUGUUUAGGCCACUCAAUAAAAGAGAUUACAUAGAAAAAUAAGAUGUAAUCAAAAUUAUAUUUAAUAUACUAAUAAAUUAAUUUAUUUAAUUUACUAAAUUCCGGUUCAUAUUUGAUUCACCCUCGUAUUUAUGCAUGUAAAAUGUACCCUGCUGUAGGUACUUCGUUGCAAACGUUGCAGUAACACGAUAAUUUGUUUCGAAAUCGAAUUGUGUCUCCAUUACUGAUAAUAAUCUAAUAAUGUAAGUUCCCGACUGUAGCGUUAAAAUUUCAUACGUGCCAUCCGAAUCACAUUAACAACGUAGAUUUUAUUCUGUCAAUUAAUUAAGAAACGUUUUAUUUUCGUGCAAAAAUUCGAUGCAAUCAAAUCUAUAAUGUAUAAAAAGAUAAUAAUAGAAAAUUUGUGAUUUUUUAAUAUCUUUACCUUUAAAUUUUUAUAGUGUACAUUAUAAUAUUGUUGACCUAAAAUUAUACUCUGUAUAUACAUUUCAAAAUUAUACAUUGUUAAUCUACACGCCAAAUAUACAAAUGAUAGUAUGUAAGAGCAUAUAUCAUGUUUAGGGCACCAAAUGUAAUGAUCUGGUGACAUAAUUAGUAAGAGUUUUGAACCGGUAUUAGACGUGUUCAAUAAGAAACAAAAAUGCAAUAAUUUCAGUAGAAAAUUUUUUGUUUUAGUUCAACUUAUGGUUAAUUUUAAAUACGAGAUUUUGCUGUCAAAAAUAUCAAUACUCGAUAGUGAUUAUAAUUUUUCAUACAUGCUAUAUAAUUGCACCUGAAACCGAUUUGUAACCAACGUUAAAAUAUAGACGAAACAAUGAUUUUUCUUUUCAUUCUCCUUUACUGACCCCCUAAAUAAAAUAUAGACCAAUUAAAAAUCAAA